UAGAGGCCGCCCGGGCUGUGAGGGAAGCGGCUGUCGCCAUUUUGUGCGGUGUUUGUCGCAGCGGUCGGAGCGCCUGCACGGCGUUCCGGCGACAUUUUUCGGCGAAGAGGCCUUUUGCCUCCGCCGAGAUGCGGCAUUCCAAACGGCCCCACUGCCCUGAGUGGGAGGGCCGGGAGAGCUGGGGCCACGGGAGCGGCAGCUGCAGCCACAAGCGGCGGCGGCGGUCCCACAGCAGCACGCAGGAGAGCAGGCGCUGCCGCGGCCCACGCCGAUUUCGGGACUCGGAUUGUCAUUAUUUCGAAGCCCGCGCCCUGCACAAGCGUGAUUACCGGGACCGAAGAUAUGUGGAUGAGUACAGGCAUGAGUUCUGUGAAGGCUAUGUCCCUAGGCUGUACCCUCGUGACGCGGCGCCCAGCGCUUAUCGGCUCCACAGCAGCAAGUCCUCGGUCCGCAGCCGGCGCAGCAGCCCUAGAAGGAGGCACCCCCAGCAGUGCUCAGCACGCCCCUCCUACUCGAAGAGCCACCGAAGGAAAAGAUCCAGGAGUAUAGAGGAUGAUGAGGAGGGCCAUCUGGUGUGUCAAAGUGGAGACGUUCUGAGAGCAAGAUAUGAAAUCGUGGACACACUGGGUGAAGGCGCUUUUGGCAAAGUUGUAGAGUGCAUAGACCACGGCAUGGACGGUAUGCACGUAGCCGUGAAAAUUGUAAAAAAUGUUGGUCGGUACCGUGAAGCUGCUCGGUCCGAAAUCCAAGUGUUGGAGCACUUAAAUAGCACUGACCCAAAUAGUGUCUUUCGCUGUGUACAAAUGCUGGAGUGGUUCGACCAUCAUGGCCACGUGUGCAUAGUGUUUGAGCUGCUGGGGCUCAGCACCUACGAUUUCAUUAAAGAGAACAGCUUCCUGCCCUUCCAGAUUGACCACAUCCGACAGAUGGCCUACCAGAUCUGCCAGUCCAUCAACUUCCUCCACCACAACAAACUCACACACACGGAUCUGAAGCCCGAGAACAUCCUAUUUGUCAAGUCCGACUAUAUCGUCAAAUAUAACUCCAAGAUGAAGCGCGAUGAGCGCACGCUCAAGAACACCGACAUCAAAGUGGUGGACUUCGGAAGUGCCACCUACGACGAUGAGCAUCACAGCACCUUAGUGUCUACUCGGCACUAUCGCGCGCCGGAGGUCAUUCUGGCCCUUGGUUGGUCACAGCCAUGUGACGUAUGGAGCAUCGGGUGCAUCCUCAUCGAGUACUACCUCGGCUUCACGGUCUUCCAGACUCAUGACAGUAAGGAGCACCUGGCAAUGAUGGAGCGGAUACUAGGGCCCAUACCGCCCCAUAUGAUUCAGAAAACAAGAAAACGCAAGUACUUCCACCGCAACCAGCUCGACUGGGAUGAGCACAGCUCCGCCGGCCGCUAUGUCCGCAGGCGCUGUAAGCCACUGAAGGAGUUCAUGCUGAGCCACGAUGAGGAGCAUGAGAAGCUGUUUGACCUGGUCCGCAGGAUGCUGGAGUACGACCCGGUACAGAGGAUCACCUUGGAUGAAGCCCUGCGGCAUCCUUUCUUUGACCUGCUGAACAAGAGAUGAGACGUUAAAGCCAGAUGAAAGACUGUUGGUCGGUUGGCCGGCGUCCAAACAUUCUCUUAUUUUUGUAAACAGUAAAUUAUUUUGUACAGGCA